AUGGUAAACUUACAAAACAAUAGAUUUGUAAUUAAAUUUAAUAAUGCGAUAGCUGGAAAUUUCAUUAGAAUACCAAGUAGUGUCGCUGAUGCUGUAUACUCCAGUCAUGUUGAAAUCCAAAGGUUUAGGUUCAAAUUAAAUGGGAAAUGGUACUUCUCAUGGGAUGGAUUCGAUUCAGCUUAUGAUAGAUGUAUUGAAAUUAACCCUGUAUUAGGUAAAACCUUAGGGUUUACUCCUGAUCAAUUAAUUAUAUUUGAGAUGGAACAAUUUGAUGUUUCGAAGUCAUUACUUUCUGAGGUUUGUGUGAAACCCCUAAGUAGUGAUGACUGGGAGAUUGCAGAAUUACACAGUAGUUAUUUACAAGAAGAAAUACUAAAUCAAACAAAGAUUGUUAAUCUCGGUGGGGUCCUUGUAUGUUACGUUGGUAACACUAUCUGCAGGUUGCGGGUUGAGAAGUUGAUCCCAGAGAAACUGCAGGUUGGUUUGAUUGGUGAUGGUUCGUUAAUCAUUAUUGAACCUAUGGAGAACAAGUUAAGAAACCAAAAAUUAAACAUGAAAUCAGAGGAAAUAACUGUCUCAACUAAAAGAUUACUCUGUUGGAACGUAGAUAAUGACUCUCAAUGGAAUCAGAUGAUAGAUAGUGGUAUGACUCUAUACAUGAAUGAAGACGAAGUAGUGAGUGAAUUUGGUUACGUUUCUAUUAUUGAGAAUAAGAUAGAAAAGGGUACUUUACGAGUUGAUUCUCAUAAGGAGACCAAGCAGAAUAAGGCAAUUUUGAAAUGUACAAAACGAGUUGCAGUGCGAAUAUCGGCUGUAGAAGUGGGUCAAACAAAUCCAAUACCUGUAUCGCAUGUCAUAUUGGGUAGUACUGUAUGGGGAUCCUUAGGUAUCAAUGAUGGGCAACUCCUAAACAAUGGUACGAGACUGAGUGUUGAAUUUGUUACUAAUCAUGAAACUGCAACUAAAACAUCACAACCAGAUUCAAGGAUUAUAUUUAAUUUUAUUGACGGGGUUGAUGAGCGAGAUAAUAUUCAAUCCAAGAUUGAUGGUAUAUUAAAUCUACAUUAUUUGACAAAUAUGCAGUUAUUUAGAAAAGAGAGGGUUGUUGUAGAGUUAUUAAAUGGUAAGGGUACACAUCUCAAGCAUAUAAAUCUAACACAGAUGGAAAAAAAAAAUAUUAUUAUUGAAAAAAGAUACAAUUGUGAAGUUUCUUCAAAAAUUGAGCCAUUUCAAAAAAAUGACAACAUGGAGAAAAAUAAUGUUUUUGUAAAACUGGACGAUACCAUAGAUCAAAUAGUUGCACACUUACGCAAACGUGUGGUAGGGAGUCCUGGUAUUGUCAUUGAUGGAUCUCUUGGUGUUGGUAAGACAACAUUACUACUGGAGAUAAGUCAUAUUCUAAGAUCAACCAGCGAGUGUCAUAUAACAUUUUUUGACUGCGAAGCUCUAAAUGAUAUGUUUAGUUUCGAGAAGAUGAGGACGUUCAUCUGUAACCAAUUGGUAAGCCUGUCCUAUUGGUAUCAGCCGAGUGUGAUAAUUAUAGAUAAUGCAGAAUUUUUGUUUAAUAGAGAGAAUAGAAAUGGAAAUGGUGGUGGUGGUGCAAAUGGUGGUAGCAAUGGUAAUAGUUUGUCGGACAAACUUACAUUACUUUUAAUUCAUGAGAUAACUCAAAUUACAUCGAAAUGGAAUGGGAGUAUAAAAGUAAUAUUUGCUUCAAGACGUAAGGAUUUAUUGAACCAUUAUCUUUUUGAAAAGCAUUUUGUUAGUAAAACAUGGUCAUUAAAGAGUCCAACUAAAGGAGCUCGCAAAAUGUUACUAGACGCACUACUUCCACAACGUGGAAUAUCAAUAUCACCAGAUAUUACCACAAAUGAUAUGAGUAUGGCAAUCGAAGGUUAUUCUAUUUUAGAUAUCAAGAAUCUUGUUGAGAGAUUGCUCUAUGGAGUCAUGCUUGAUAGCGAUCAAUCAGUCUUAAAUGCUAAUCAGUUUCAAGAAAUUAAUGAGAGUUUUGUACCAGUAUUUUUGCAAGGUGUUGAGAAAUCUUCUUCUUCCAAACAACAAACACAGGGUGCUGAACAGUCAUGGGCCAAAAUAGGAGGGCUUGUUGAAGCCAAACGUAUUCUAUUAGAGACAUUAGAGUGGCCAGUAAAAUAUGCACCUAUAUUUAGUCGUUCACCAUUACGAUUACGUUCUGGGUUAUUAAUCUAUGGAUAUCCAGGUUGCGGUAAGACUUUAUUAGCAAGUGCAGUAGCACGUGAAUGUGGUGGACUCAAUUUUUUACCUGUUAAGGGACCUGAAAUUUUAAAUAAAUAUAUUGGUGCCAGUGAACAAAACGUACGUGAAUUAUUUGAAAAAGCACAAUCACUAAGACCAUGUGUAUUAUUUUUUGAUGAAUUUGAUUCAGUAGCGACAAAGCGUGGACAUGAUUCAACAGGUGUAACAGAUCGUGUAGUGAAUCAAUUACUUACACAAAUGGAUGGUGCAGAACAACUUGAAGGGGUAUAUGUAGUGGCUGCGACAAGUAGACCUGAUUUAAUUGAUCCAGCAUUGUUAAGACCUGGAAGAUUGGAUAAGAGUGUCUUUUGUGAUAUACCUGAUUCAGAUUCAAGAAUUGACAUAUUAAAGAGAUUGCUCGGUGAAACGAUCUCAAAUAAAAUAUCUGGUGAAGAUUUAAAACAAAUAGUAGAAUUUACAGAAGGAUACAGUGGAGCAGAUUUACAAGGUCUUUAUUAUAAUGCACAUUUACGUGUAGUACAUCGUCAACUUUCGUCAUUAAAUGCCACUACAGAUAAUGCAAAGAAACCCAAUGAAACAGAAUAUACAAUUUUAUCGCCAACGAAUUCUAAUUUUGAAGAAAUUGAUGGUAAGAUAAUACAAGAUAUUAUUUUACAAUCAUCUCAAAAUAAAAUUAAAGAUUUUAAUCGUGAGGAUAAUAAUAAUAACAAUAAUAUUGUUUCAAGUAAUAGUAUGAAUACAACGUCACAUAUCGAAAUAACUGCAGAAGAUUUAUUAAUAUGUUGUAAAGAGACUCGUGCAUCAAUUUCACCUCAUGAACGCGCUAAACUUAGCGUCAUAUAUAAUGAAUUUCAAGGUAAUAGUCGUCCAGCUGAAUUACAUGAUGGGGAUAUAGAUCGUAACCCUGGAACAAGACUUACUUUAGCAUAA